AGAGUGUCGGACGGGAUAUAUUUAGGGACGGACCCAUUCCGGAGCGGGUUGGCAUGCUUAGAUGUGCGUUUUGAACUUCAGAGUUGUGUUACUAUACAAAUAUAUCAAGUGACCAAAUAUUUAAAAAAUAAAAGGAAUUCUAGUAUUCCAUGACUCCUGAGCCCCCUGGCUACAUUUCCUGGAGUAUUUUCUGAACCAAGCACAUUGGUAUCUACUGGACAUCACAAUUCUCAAUUCUGAUCUUUUUCAACAUGCAUUUAUUGAAUUUGAUUAGAAGAUCUGCCUUCAAUUUGAUUGCACCGAAAAUGACAAAAUAUGGGUUAUUUUUAACAGUGCCCAGCAAAAUCAGUACAUGUGGAACAUUGAGGAUGAUUUAUUUGAACAAAAAUAUUUCAAAAGAUGCUAAUGAGAACAUAGAUCUAGAUGAAUGGAAAUCGGUUGUGCUUUCUGGCUUGGAAAAAGAAGCAUUUGAAAAAAGAUCACCUGAGGAAGAGCCUAAUAUAGCAGCUAUUAAGGAAUACAUUGACAUGUCUAGACGUUUAGGUAAACAUGUUCCAGAAAAUAUUACUGAAGAACAGUUAAAGAGGUUGAUUGAAUAUCCUUCUGUUAGUUCAAGAAAUAGGUAUUUGGCCUUUUUGUUUUCAAAAGAAAUGAAAAAGAAUGCUGAUAAAGAAAAAAAGAAAAAACAACAGGAAGAAAGGGAGGAACUUAGAAAAACAAUGGAAAAUGAAGAGCUAAUACCAAAAAGUAGAUUGUUUCGAGCCAUUUGGGACUCCUCAAUGGAUGUUACGUACAAUUGGAAAGCUGCUCAGGCUAUGAGUUUUGGCCAGCCUCUGAUAUUUGACAUGGAUUACAAUGAUAUGUCAGAGAGAGAAUUGCAGAAUACAGUGAAACAGAUGAUGGAAUGUGAAGGCGCAAAUCGUAAAGCUGUAGAACCAUUCCAUUUAUAUUACUGUAAUUUUAAAGAAGAUGGGCCAUACCACAAAGAAUUCCUCAAGCGUUACGGAGAUGCAUGGGACAAUUUGUUUGUGACAGUAACAGAAAAGUCCUAUGUUGAAUUAUUUCCAAAGGACCAGAUUGUCUACUUAACUGCUGAUUCUCCCACUGUAAUGGAAACAUUUGACCAUAAUAAAAUCUAUAUAAUUGGAUCCCUAGUUGAUAAGACAAUAAGAAAGGGAGUCUCUCUUGCUCGUGCAAAGCGCUUGAAGUUGGCAACAGCACAGCUUCCUCUAGAAAGAUACUUUAAUUGGAAAACUGGAGGCAAAGUUCUUACUCUGGAUCAAAUGAUAAUGAUCUUAAUAACUCUGAAAAAUACUGGAAAUUGGAAAGAAGCUCUAGAGUUUGUUCCAAAAAGAAAGCACGAAGGUUUUUUAGAUCCAUCUUUGCAACAGUUUAUUCAUAAACAAAAGAAUAGAAAAAUCUCUGAGCAAAACUUUAAAAAAAAGCUAUUGGUAGAGGAGCUCUCCAAGAAACGUUUGUGGAAUGGAUUGUGGGAAGAAUAGUAUGUAAAUCACCCAUGACUAGUAUAAAUUUCAUGUAAAAUAACAUUGUUCCUCAGAAACCUUUGAACUUUUACAGACUAAAUAACGUAGUUUUAAUACAAGAGGAUUCUGUAAAUAUAUAGGAAGCAUCACUUCUGACUGCUGAGAAAACCUCUGUAAUACACAAUGGGGCUGAAAAACAUGUUUUAUCAUCUUAAAGAGAAUAACAGUAAUUGUUAAUGUGUGUCUGUCACUAACUCCAAUGUAGUAUGGAGUACACUUUUUCUCUGCUUCCCAUUGCAUUGCAUCAUACAACAAAGUUAUGUAAAUGUAGUUUCCCAAUUUUGAUAGAGAGGAAUAUGUGGUUACUGUGAAUUUUGCUAAACAAGGAACUCAAAUUACUGUAAAUGUUCUGAUUUUAUGCAGGAAUGAAUACUAUGUAAAGAAUGUAAUUAUUAAAAAAGUGAAUUGUGUGGUUGAUCUUUUUAUUUUAGAAGAAAAAAAUACUCAAUUGUUUCAAUUGUUAUGGUAUUAAUUUAAAAGUUAGA